UACCAAAUUAGUCCAGUGGGUGCACCAAAUCAACUAAACCAUUUGUGUAUAAUCCUGUGUAUAAUAACAGUACCAUAUAGUAUAAUAUAAUAUAAGUUUGUCAAAUUGCUAACGAAUUCACAAAUAGCUCUGUUGCUUCCCGCUUAAUGUGUAUAAAAACCACUCCUCCCCUUCCUCUAAACUCACACAACACAUCCCUACACAGAGCUUCUCAAUACAUCAACAAUGGAGUCUCUCCAGCGACUCUCCUUUGUAUCCUUCAUCGCCCUUCUUGCUUACUUUGCUUUUCUCGCUUCAGCUGAACUUCACGUCCGUGAAUUUGUGAUCGAGCCAAAACCAGUGAAGAGGCUGUGCAGAACUCACCAAAGCAUCACGGUGAAUGGUCAGUUCCCUGGUCCAACGCUCGAGGUCAGGAACGGUGACUCUCUAGCAAUCACCGUCAUCAACAGAGCUCGUUACAACAUUAGCAUUCACUGGCAUGGAAUCAGACAGCUAAGGAAUCCAUGGGCUGAUGGUCCAGAGUACAUAACACAGUGUCCGAUCCGUCCAGGUCAAAGCUACACUUACAGAUUCACAAUCGAAGACCAAGAAGGUACUCUUUGGUGGCAUGCUCAUAGCCGCUGGCUCCGAGCCACCGUCUACGGUGCUCUUAUCAUUUACCCUCGUCUCGGUUCUCCUUAUCCCUUCUCUAUGCCUAAACGUGACAUACCAAUUCUUCUCGGGGAAUGGUGGGAUAGAAACCCAAUGGACGUUUUGAGGCAAGCACAGUUCACUGGAGCAGCAGCUAAUGUCUCUGACGCUUACACAAUCAACGGCCAACCAGGAGAUCUCUACCGAUGUUCGCGAGCUGAAACAGUCCGUUUUCCGAUUUUCCCUGGUGAGACGGUCCAGCUCCGUGUCAUCAACGCUGGACUGAACCAAGAGCUCUUCUUCUCAGUCGCCAACCAUCAGCUCACAGUUGUCGAAACCGAUUCCGCCUACACAAAACCAUUCACCACUAGUGUCAUCAUGAUCGGUCCCGGACAAACCACUAACGUCCUCCUCACCGCGAACCAGCGACCCGGCCGCUACUACAUGGCAGCUCGUGCCUACAACAGCGCAAACGCCCCUUUCGACAACACAACCACAACUGCUAUCUUGGAGUACGUCAAUGCUCCAACUAGACGUGGUCGUGGCCGUGGUCAAAUCGCCCCAGUUUUCCCGGUUCUUCCGGGGUUCAACGACACCGCAACCGCAACCGCUUUCACAAACCGUCUGCGGUACUGGAAGCGAGCUCCAGUACCGCUCCAGGUCGACGAGAACCUCUUUUUCACCGUUGGUUUGGGGCUAACCAACUGCUCCAACCCCAACAGUCCGCGUUGCCAGGGUCCAAACGGGACCCGGUUCGCGGCCAGCAUAAACAACCAGUCCUUCGUGCUACCACGAAGAAACUCCAUCAUGCAAGCUUAUUACCAAGGCAUGCCUGGUAUCUUCACGACGGACUUCCCACCUGUUCCACCAGUCCAGUUCGAUUACACCGGUAACGUUAGCCGCGGGCUAUGGCAGCCCGUGAAAGGAACCAAAGCUUACAAGCUUAAGUACAGAGCUAAUGUUCAGAUUGUUUUACAAGACACGAGUAUUGUCACGACUGAGAAUCAUCCCAUGCAUCUUCACGGGUACCAAUUCUACGUUGUCGGGUCUGGUUUCGGGAAUUUUAACCCGAGAACUGACCCGGCUCGGUUUAACCUAUAUGACCCACCGGAGAGGAACACCGUUGGUACACCUCCAGGUGGUUGGGUUGCAAUCCGGUUCGUCGCUGAUAAUCCAGGAGCAUGGUUUAUGCAUUGUCACAUUGAUUCACAUUUGGGAUGGGGUUUAGCGAUGGUUUUCCUGGUGGAGAACGGAAGAGGACAGUUGCAAUCUGUGCAGGCUCCACCUUUGGAUCUUCCAAGAUGCUAAUAUAGAUCUCUAAGGAUUUGUGGGGGGUUUUGUUUUGUUUUUAUUUUAAUCAAAAAGGUUUGAGGGUCUUUGUUAUGUGUUGUUGUUGAAGAUCAACAACUGCUCUAUUGAAAAGAAGUUCAUCUUAUGGUUUCCAUUGUACUCUUGCUUGUAACUUUCCACGUUAUAUAGAACAUCACCAUUUUCUAUUAUUAAAAAAUAACUAAAAAGUCACAUAAUUAUAGUUCAACAAAAA